UAAAAAAAUUGAGGUUAUGUUGUUUGUUUCGUUUAUGAACGUACAAAACAUACACAAGUUACUUUUUAUUAUGUUAUAAUGUGUGAUUCCUUUAAAAAAAGUUUAGUAUUUUAUACUUUUUACCACGCGUAAUGAAUUUUAUACUAUAAUGAGCUCCGAUUCCAAGAGAGCGUCUGGUUUAUUCGGCAACCAUUCUUCAAAUGAUUUUAAAGCUGUUAAGGUUAAAAUUAAAAGGGCUAACAUGGACAAUCCUCUCGAUUUAAUUCUGCCGAACCACAUUGAAAGGGACAUUGUAGAUCCUCGAGAUAUCGUGCCUUUGGUCAAUUCAAAUCGGGGUUUCAACAAAGGUGAGUCGAUAUUCGAUAGGAGCGACAUUAUUGUAAAUCAAACGUUCGAUGAACCUCCGAAUACAAUAAACCCCGCGAAACAACCACAACCUGGGAACACAACAUCCCGUUCAUCAGAACGAAUAUUACGGAGAUCAAGCGACAGGUCGAGAAGCAGGAGUCAUCACAGGCACUCGCCUAGACACGGCACCUCGUACAGAUCCAGGAGCCCCCAUCGAAGGGAACCCUCGCCCCGAAGGAGACGAAGCGAUUCGGCGAGAAGAAGCAGAAGCAGAGGUCGCAGGAGAAGCAGAAGUAGGAGCCGUAGAAGAAGCAAAGAAAGGCGAAGAAGUCGCAGUUCACUAGACAGGGAACGAAGUCGUAGCAGACACUCUGACCGUUCGGGUUACUAUAAAAGGUACUCUCCGACUACGAGUAGAAUCGAACAUAGGUAUGGCAGUAGGGAGAGGCGCUAUAGAAGUCGAUCUCCCGAUCCGUACGAGAGACCGUCCACUUCGAAGGGCAGCCCGAAGAGACAGAGAUUCAUCGUCAAAAGAUUGAGAUCGGUUUCGAAAGAACGGAGGUUUGUUAGAAAGGAAUUAUACAGGCCAUUGCAGCCUGGUGAAUAUAUACCGAAUCAUCCCGACUUGAAGAAGAAAUCCGCCGAGCUGGUUGAAAGGAGAAGCGCUAAAACUACCAGAGGCAGGAGUAGGAGCAGGAGUAGAAGUAGACAUAGAUCGCAUUCACCGGAAUGUCCUCAUAACAGUAGAUACGCCGGACCGCGACCUACAUACGAGGAGAUGUAUUGGGCGCCCCCGCUCCGACCGGGGUUUCCCAUGCCGCACUUUUACCAGCCGGCGUUUUACCCCCGGAUGCCGCCGGGGCCUAUGGUGUACCCGCCUCGUUACCCCAUAAUCAAUCCCUUUAGAUCGAAGUAUCCGGUUUACAACAGCGGAGCAAUAAGGCCGAAGGUUGCAGAAGAAAGCGGCUCUACGGUAGAGGCCGAUAAGACUGUGGUUACAACGGAAGCAGCGAAGCCGGCCGAGAAGGAUUCGUCGGAAAAUCAAACGGCGACUUCUGUAAAUAAAUCGUAAACAAUAUAGAUAGGUUUAUUUUUAACGAGUGCCAGUUAUAAACGCUCCUUUUCGAAUGUUAGUUAAGUAUUUCUUUCUGCAAUCCAUGUCGUCGCAGGGGCGAUUGAACGGGGUCCACACCGGCUCGCCGAUGAAGAAUCGCUUGGCUUUGAUGAAAUUGUUGCUGUCCAACGUGAAUCUGUGGUAAAUGCCGCUGGGCAAGAUGAGCAAAUCGCCCGGCGUGACUUCGAUCCUUAUCCACUGGUCGCGCUCGUCUCUCACAUCGAAAUAUCCCGAUCCUUCCACGACCACUGAUUUCUUCGUCGGUGUGCAAAUGUUCCGUGUAGAAAAUUUUCAGUUUGUCUUCGUAGUUCGGGAGGCACUCUUUCGAGCACACCAAUUCGUCCUCGUAAUUGUAGCCUCUCUGUGUUUUGAUGGCUUCCAGUUUUCCAUCGGUUUGUAAGGUUUUGGUGUCGAGCUGGAAGUAUUCGACUCCCGUUAGUUUUAGUAGGUCGUCCAGUCCGAUGAAUUCCGGAGGGGUUUUGUGGUGCUCCAGGCGCUGGUCCGCCGUUGUGUCGUCGUCCAUGUACCAAGCUCUUACCAUUUUCAAUCGAUUAUUGUUUGUUCGAAGAAAUGAUUCUUCUCGAAUUAACGCUGAAAACGCUAUCGGUAAAUGUUAUCAAGGUUAAAUAAAUGUUAUCGUUAAUGAGAUGAUUGUGAAUGAAAUUUACAGCUCAGGAAUGCCUACUAGCGGUCGAAUUAAUAAGCUGUGUAUGUACGAAAAGUUGUGUAUUUUUUUGGCAAAUAAUUACUUAAGGGCUUCAGGAGCUCUAAAUAUGUAAUGUGGUACAAAAAAAAAGAAAAUGCGCAAUAAAAUAAGCCUGUAAUUUGCCAUUAAUUAAAAUAAACAUUGUGCACAUCUAUUUAUAUAUUGAGUAAAUAUAAACAAUCAAAAUCCACUUAUCUACUCGUAUAUAUUGGCUAAUCAGUCCAUGUAAAUCACAAAACAUAAAUAUUAAUAUGGAAUGAUUAUUUUGUGUUCGUGUGGAAUUAAUCAAUCAUUCUUAAAAUUAAUAAUCCAUAAAUGAGGUAUCGUUCGCAAAUAAAAUGUAUAUCAUGUAAAAUAAAAACACCAGGAACACCAGGCCUACGCAAAGCAUAAACGUCGAUUUGUUGUGGAUUUCUAAAUGAUCCAAUUGAGCUUCGUGCGUUUCCAAUAGUUUUCUCGCUUCUAUUAGUUCUUGUUUAAUUGCAUUUUUCUUUUUCUCCGGAAUCGAUUCGGAGUUCAACUUAUCCUCCAACGCCUCGAUGCGUUUGCUUGUAUCCUCUAUAGCGCGCGAAGUAAGUUGAAUCUAA